CUGAUUGAUACUCACGGGAACAUCCUAACUGACUGCCAUAUUUCUUCGUGUAUAUCACUUGAGCUAUAAACAUGUUACUGGUGGUUCUGUACAUUCUAGUAAUGGCAGUUCAAGGGAAUGGACACACGGUCAUCUCAGGACAACUCGUGUCCGGUGUUUUCAAAGAGACUCGCGUCCCCAGCUUCACGCUGUGUCAGUCUCUGUGCUGGUACUCCACUCCGUGCAGGGCCUACACCUGGGCUACAGGGACAGGCUUGUGUCAGCUCAGCAGAGACACCAGGAACACCUCACCUGCCUCCUUCUCUGUCAGCCGGCAUCAUGUAUACUCGGACGCCAUGGCUCCCCUGGGACUGAAAUUUGACCACCCCUGUGGGGGACGACCAUGUUCUUUAGAUGAGACGUGUGUGCCAACGAAGGCAGUCACGGGAUACCUGUGUCUGCAUGGAGAAGUGACAGAUGUACCAUCCACUGGCCAGUCUACAUCACAGCUCACUGGUGCAUCUACAGCUGCGUCUGCGUCUGCGUCUGCGUCUGCGUCCACUACACUAACUACUGUAGGAUCCACAUCUUUGACAACUGAUCUGCUGACUACAUCAAUGAACACAGUGACAGGUUCCACAACUACUGAACGAGCUACUGCUGCAGGGCCUACCACUGUGACAACUACCACUGCAGCACCUACUACUGUGACAACUACCACUGCAGCACCUACUACUGUGACAUCUACCACUGCAGCAUCUACUACUGUGACAACUACCACUGCAGCACCUACUACUCUGACAACUACCACUGCAGCAUCUACUACUGUGACAACUACCACUGCAGCAUCUACUACUGUGACAGCUACCACUGCAGCACCUACUACUGUGACAGCUACCACUGCAGCAUCUACUACUCUGACAUCUACCACUGCAGCACCUACUACUGUGACAACUACCACUGCAGCACCUACUACUGUGACAACUACCACUGCAGCAACUACUACUGUGACGACUACCACUGCAGCACCUACUACUGUGACUACCACUGCCGCACCUACUACUGUGACCACUGCUAAUAAACGAACUACCACUGCAGCAACUACGACUGUGACAACUACCACUGCAGCACCUACUACCGUGACGACUACCACUACAGCACCUACUACUGUGACAACUACAGCAGAACCAUCUCAAGUAACCACUACAACUGCAGCAACUACUACUGUGGCCACUACAACUAGGCAAGUCAACACAGAGCAACCUACUGGAACUUCAUCACAUGCCUGUGUGUCGGACGACUGUGCUGAUCGCCUCGGGAGCUUUCCAUCAUGCGCAGGUUGCGACAAGUACGUCGAGUGCACGGUUAACGGUCUCUUUGAAAGGCUCUGUGGAGGAGGGACUGUAUGGUAUGAUACCAUCAAGCGAUGCGACUUUCCACCAUCACCAACAUGCAAUUGAAACCUGCUGCGUUAACAGACUGCCUGGGAUGAUUUGGUGUGCAAUGUCCGUGUUAGUAUACAUCAACCUUGUAUAGAAAGUGCGUAGGUGUUUGAUUCUCACUUGCCACAAGAAGCAUCACUGAACACUUUCAUCAGUUUCCUCGUGUUUGCUUUGAGGAUGUCAGUUUUGUUUGACAAAGUGAUCAAUUUGCAUAAUACCUGAUUGAUGGGACUAAACACAUGAGUUAUAACCUAUACCUGUUGUAUAAUACGUGAGCACAUGUAUCUUGUAAUUAUGUAACAAUGUCUUGUCACCUGUUGUGCUUUACCCGAGCACCAGUACCUUGUCACUGUUGUGUUGCACCCCCGCACCAGUACCAUGUCACUGCUGUGUUGUACCUGAGCACCAGAACCAUGUCACUGCUGUGUUGUACCUGAGCACCAUUACCUAGUCACCUGUUGUGCUGUACCUGAGCACCAUUACCUUGUCACCUGUUGUGUUUUACCUGAG